ACUAACCGUCAUACCGCAAGUCGGUCUGUCUCUGGCCGAACCCGAUCGCUCUAUUUAACAUACCCUUCCUCGCGGCCGACUGAGCGGACUGCUUCAACCUUCUCAUCCUACAUUUGACGCGACCUGUCUCUCUAACAACAUGUCAGCCUCUCCUAAGGAAGUUCACUCAUCAAAUCAGCCACGGCCUCUAGCCUGCGUGCUUUGCCAGCGCCGGAAGGUGAAGUGCGAUCGGAAAUAUCCGUGUGCAAACUGCGUCAAGUCUAAAGAAAGAUGCAGGCCCAGUAUCCCAGCACCGGCGCGGAAUCGAAGGCAACCCAAUGCAGAGCUAAAAGCCAGACUCGCCCGAUGUGAAAAGCUUUUGGCCAAUUAUGUGGCAGCCAGCAAGGAGCCUCUGGAUUUUGACAAUAUAGACGCUCCGCGACAGUCCUCGAGCAUCCCGCAAUAUCAGAACAACGAAUUCAAUUGGAAACCUGCCGGAAAACUCGUCGUGGAAGGUGGAGCUGUGCGGUUCAUGGACAACUUCCUCUGGGCUACAGUUUACGAGGAGUUGCGAGGCAUGAGAGAGCUCGUUGAACAAGAAGACGAGGCAGUUGAAGCAGAGCCACACGAUUGGGACCCCGGAGCAUCGAUGCCCGACUACAGCGAGUAUCUGCUUGUUGGUGGAGAUGCAGCAUACGACGAUCCCGGAGACCUAUAUCCACGUGCUGGUCAGAUAUUUCGCCUGUGGCAAACGUUCCUUGAUCGGGUCAAUUCCCUCACCAAGAUUAUCCACGUGCCAACGUUGCAACCGCUUGUGGUCGAGGCCGCCAGUAGCCGGGGAACAUUACCACACAAUGCCGAGGCCCUUCUCUUUGCGGUCUACAGCCUGUCUGUUAUCACAAUGACAGAGGAAGAAUGCAUGACUAUGCUGGGCUCUACAUGCAAGACUGCCUUCCGGCGGUUUUCCUCCGGCGUGAGGACCAGCCUGUUCCGAGCAGAAUUCCUCAAGUCUCACGAUCUCACGACCCUGCAAGCCCUGGUUCUGCAUAUUAUGUCAAUCCAGGGUAGGUGCAAUAUCCAUGGAGCUUGGAUUCUCAAUGGCAUCUGUGUUCGUAUUGCGCAGAAAAUGGGCCUUCAUAGAGACGGGGAGCUCCUUGGUCUUCCACACUUCGAAACCGAAAUGCGGCGCCGAAUUUGGUGGCAAAUAUUCAUGCUGGACUCGAAAUUCUCCAUGAUAUCGGGCCUGAGCCAAUCGCUGCUCCCUCGACCGAGCGACUGCAAACUGCCCAAGAAUUUGAACGACGCGGAUCUCCACACCGGUGCGACGGAGCCAUAUCAAGAACGCGAAGGCCCGACCGAAAUGGUGAUUCCACUAUUGGUCUAUCAGAUUGGCUUCUGCCUCUAUCAACAACAGGACCUCGAGUCCCUCAUGCUCCACAGCGAACUGAGCACCCUGAGUUCCGGUAGAAGAACCAAAAUGCAAUCGGCUCAUAUUAAUGGCUUUAUCAAUAUUCUCGAGCAUCGACUAAACAGCGUCAUUGAGAAAAACUCCGACCCUUCUGCCGGCCCGGUACAUGAGUUUGCGAGUCUCUUAAAGUCCCUUGUACUUCAGAAGGUUAAGGAGUCCACUUGUCCUCCGCAGGAACAGCCAGAAUGGGGCACAGAGAUUUUGACGCCGAAAGACAAUCUCUUCAAGUGGUCUGUGAUGACCACGGAACACAACAUCAAUGCGUACAGGUUGAACAAGCAUCCUGGAUUUCACUGGUUUCUGAAGCUACUCUUUCAAUAUGACGUUGUUGUCUUGAUGGUGGGCCAGCUGAGCCAGCGCUUGACUGGAGCUUUGGUCGAAAGGGCGUGGCAACAAAUCCCUGCCCUUUACGAAUACCAUCCUGAGUUCCUCGAUUCUUCUCAAGGGUACAACAUCGCUCUUGGGAACUUCAUCUUGAGAGCUUGGAAAAUCAGAGAGGAUUACCUUACUUCUCAAAACGGGAUUCAGCCAAACGAGCCGGGUUACAUAGAGACACUUCGGAAGCAUUUGGGUUCGCAUUUGAGCAGGUCCAGGGCUGGCAUGGAGCCGCCCCGGUCAAUGGAGCCCCACUGCCAUCACUCAACGACCGAAACACAAGAUGGGUACCCUCCCAUUGAUCAGUUGUUCUCGAGAUAUCUAGGUGCGAGUGUUUCUUGGGAUCCUUUGGCUAUGGCAGACCCUGAACCCAUCAACAGACAGUUGUCUACAUUUGAUGGAUUGGACAUGGGGACUCCCACAGGCUGGUGACCUCGGCACGUGGCAUGUUUCACCACCAUUUCAGUUCUCGAAAGGCCUCACUUGCCAGGAGAGCAUGUUCACUAGGUUCUUCCCUGAUGAAUCCUUAGCCAAGUUCCCGAAUUGGUCUGCCGCGUUUCCCUUGCAAAGCCUUAGUUUGACCAUUACUUGGACCCUAUUCUUAUCCUCCUUGUGGUUGCGCAAAACAACAGGACAUUCCUC